CUGUUAUUCACCCCCCUCGGGGGUGGGGGACAACCAUAUAUCCAAAUCAGUUGGUGUUUGAAUACGGCUUUGGAACAAAUUGAUUUCGACAACCGAGGCAUUACUGUACCAUAAAUUCCUGAUGGGACCUUGUGGCUGAGAAUCUACCUUAUCUACCAUCAUCACUGAAACCAUCAAUUCAGCUGAUGGGUUUCUGAAUGAUUUUAUUGACGCAAUGCCCAUGUCUUCUGAGUUCCAGCUUAAUUGCAGGUCCGGAAGCCAUACUUGUUCCAGAUUUGAAGUUCCAGCUUAUCCCUCAUGCCCAUAUUUCCGUUUCCUCCCACUCCUCCCUCUGACUGCCUUUUGAGCCCACCAUCCGCACUCCUGGAAAAAUACUUCCUAGUCGAGGCCGGCUGCUGCUCUCUACCGAAAUGGAACCUCACCCGCACACCGUGUCAGUGUGCCUGGAUAGCGUGGCCUUGGUUUUAGAGCCUCUACCUUGAGGUCCUCUACGUGAUUAUCGGUGUCAGAGGAACAAAAUAUGUUUAGUUUCUCCCCUUGAGGGAGUGGAAAUCAUCUUAAAACCUCAAGUGUCUUUCUUUGAGAGUGUCCCAUCUUAGAGUUCUGGUGCAAAAUUCCAUUCACCAGAAUAUCCAGUAAGCUGAGAUAACAGAGUGAGAAAGGCAGUGCUUUCUUUUUAUAAAAACAAAACCAAAAAACCCAGGUAACCCUUUAGUAGCCACUCAGGUACAUGAUGUCAUUGGUAAUGGCCUUGGUCCAGAUGACUGAAGUCAGCUGACGUCCAGAGCUAGGGUGAUUUGGCGAGAAGGUGGUUUCCUAGCAGACUUGGCUUAGGAUCUUCUUUCAGUCUCCUUCUGUUGGUGUUUGGUACGGACCUGUGUGCAGAAGCAGUGACACAGCUUGGAGGAAGGUGAACAAGACGAACACCAUCCACUUUGGAGCCAGGGCUCCCUUGACCGCUGUGCCACAGUCUGCCAACUAAUGGGUCACUCUGAUUUCAGGCUGGGCAUCUGACUGAAUAAAUGAGUCCAUUACACGGCCCUGUUCCGGACCCAUCUUCCCAUCCAUCGGAAACUUCCUUGGAGUUAAACUGCCCAGCUCGGGCCUCCUCUCCAUAGUGCUCGGGACUGAGGCUCCGAAUGGAAAGUUGCCGCAGCCGAAUGCAGGAAAUGGAAAGUCAGUUACUCAGCAAACAUUUACGGACUUGGAAAUGCUCAGAGCAGCUGUGGUGAAUUGUGGGACGUCCAUAAAUCAGACACAAUCCUGUGGGUCUUCCCUCGCUUGCCAUUGUUUUUCGGCCAGGAGAAAGCUGCCCAAGUCGUCAAGAAGGCAAGAAGACACAGACCCCCGCCCCCCCGGGGGGGCAGGGCCUCCUCCGACCAUGUCUCCCAUGGCCCAGGCAGACCGCUGGGACCGGCAUGUCAGCAAGCUCAUCUUCAUCCUCUUUGUCGCUGGGGCCGUCCUGAUGUGUGUGGGAGUCCUGAUGUCCGUCUUCGGAUUCCAAGCAUGCUAUUACGAAGCCCAUACCAAAUGCAGCCUGUUGCUGAAGGUGGCCGGACCCUCGUGCGUCGUGAUGGGGCUGGGGGCAGUGAUCCUGGCUCGCUCUCGGGCGCGGCUUCAGCUCCUGGAGGGGAGGCGGCGAGGCAGCCAGCAGGACCCGGACGCAGCCUUCCUCUGUGGGGAGAGCCGCCAGUUUGCCCAGUGCCUUAUCUUCGGGGUUCUCUUCCUGACCAGUGGCCUGCUGAUCAGCGUCCUGGGCAUUUGGGUCCCCGGGUGUGACGCGUCCUGGACCCAGGAGCCGUUGAACGAGACGGACACCGCUGCUUCCGAGCCGCAGAUCUGCGGGUUCCUGACUUUGCAAAUCCUGGGACCCCUGAUUGUGCUCGUGGGGUUAUGCUUCUUCGUGGCCGCCCACAUUAAGAAAAGAAACAGCACCGAUGGGAGCCAGGAUGCCGCGGCGAGUGAAGAAGGGCAAGCCCCGAGCACGGAGCCUGUCCACGUCACUGUAGGUGAUUCGGUGAUAAUAUUUCCACCUCCGCCACCACCCUACUUUCCUGAAUCUUCAGCAUCUGGAGCAACUCGAAGUCCUCAAGCGAACCGUUUGCAUCAGCAUGAGAGCCCGCCUUCAUACUACAGUAUCUUUAACUUUCGCAGGACUCCAGCUCCCGAGGGCCUCGUUGCAGCCUCUGCGAGAGAGCGUGAGUCUGUCUACACUAUUUCUGGGACUUGUUCAGCCCUGGAGGGCUCCACUGCACCUCACCUGCCUCCUGACUCGCCUCCUCCUGUGUACGAAGAAAAAGGAGUCACCGCAGUCACAUCCCCACCCCCACCGUGAGCCCUGGACUCCAGUUCAGUUUUACAUACAAAGGAUCACUAUUUUAUUUAACAUGUUUUUAAUAAAACACACAGCAGCCCUG